GUUCGGACGUGCCACUCAUUUCUGAAACCCAGAAUAUAUAAAGCCCACCCUUCACAAAACCCCUUCAUGUGAAAAACCAAAUCACUCUCUCUCUCUCUCUCUAAACUCCAUUUUUACGAGAACUCAGCCGACAAUUCAACACCAAACCCAAUAACCGAAACUCGAACCCCCAAACCCCAGACUGAACUCGAAAAUAUUUAAAUUUCUGAUAUAUAUAUUUAUAUAUUUAUAUGCCGAUGGCGGCAGGUACAGUUGCCUCCCGGACCGAUCGAGCAACAACUACUGUGCCGGCCACGAUGGGGCCCGCAAUGAUGCCAAUGCAAACGCCGGGGAUGACGGUCAUGCCUGAUGCCUUCGCUAAAGAGGCUAUGCUGGCAUGGUUUCGGGGCGAAUUCGCGGCCGCCAACGCUAUUAUCGACGCGCUCUGCGGUCACCUGGCCCAGCUAGGCGGAGGAUCCGAUUAUGAGGCGGUGUUCGCCGCUGUGCAUCGACGGAGGCUUAAUUGGAUUCCGGUUCUUCAGAUGCAGAAGUACCACUCGAUUGCUGAUGUCGCGGUGGAGCUCCGCCGUGUCUCGGUGAAGAAGACGGAGGAUAAUAGCUGGACAUCAUGUGAUCGCGUCAUUGAUGAGAGUGGGGAGAAGAAGAAGAGCGAGGAGGAGAAGGUAGUUGCGGUGAAUCCGUGUUUGGAAGGCGAGAAAAUUAAUGAGAAAGUGGUAGAAAGUAAUGAAAAUGGCUUUCAUGAUGAUCGUGAGAUUGGUGAAGAGGACGAUUCGCCCAAUAGCGAGAUUACUGAUACAGGUUCUCAUGAGGUUCACGAAGCUAAUAUUGAGAUAUGUUCUAAUCAUGAAGACUGCGAAGCACGUCUUGACCAGAUUAAAUUGACUAAAGGUUUUUCAGCAAAGGAGCAAUUGAAGGGCCAUACGGUGAAUGUUGUGAAAGGAUUAAAGCUGUACGAACAAGUGUUUACUGAUUCUGAAAUCUCUAAAUUGGUUGAUUUUGUCAAUGAAUACAGAGCUGCUGGCCAGAGUGGAGAGCUGUCAGGUGAGACUUAUAUCUUAUUCAACCAGCAAAUAAAAGGAAACAAAAGAGAGUUGAUUCAAUUUGGGGUUCCAAUUUUUGGACAAAUCAAAGAGGAAUCUGCUGGUGAUGAUCAAUCUUGUAACAUAGAACCUAUUCCAGCUAUACUUCAAAGUGUCAUUGAUCACUUUAUACAGUGGAAACUUAUUCCAGAAUACAAAAGGCCAAAUGGUUGUAUCAUCAGCUUCUUCGAGGAGGGAGAAUAUUCGCAGCCUUUUCUGAAACCACCCCAUUUGGACCAACCUUUAUCAACUCUGCUUCUUAAUGAGUCAACUAUGGCUUUUGGACGCACUCUUGUGAGUGAUAAUGAUGGAAACUAUAAGGGCCCUCUUAUGCUCUCCCUUAAGGAGGGGUCUCUUUUGGUGAUGAGAGGUAACAGCAGUGACAUGGCAAGACAUGUCAUGUGUCCGUCUCCAAGCACAAGGGUCAGCCUCACAUUCUUCAGAGUCCGACCAGAAUCGAACCAAUGCCUGUCACCAACCAGUCCAACCUCGGCUGGUGCAAUGACUGUUUGGCAACCAGCGGGAAUACCAAACCCUUACGCGAUGCCAAAUGGGGGAGUUGGCUAUGAGCCAAUGGACCUAAUGCCCAAGUGGGGAGUCAUGCGUGGUCCGGUAGUCAUGCUGGCUCCAGUCCGCCCCAUGGUUAUGAGUCCUAGGAGAGCUCCUCGCGGUGGAAAUGGAACUGGAGUUUUCUUGCCAUGGGCAAAUGGUUCAAGAAAACCGGCAAAACAUCUUCCACCACGUGCCCAAAAAGGGCGAUUUCUUGCAUUGCCAUCCCCUCCUGCAUUAGAAGCUCGAGUGGAGGAGCCCACCACUGAAGCAGGCAACAAUAUUUGAUGGAAAAGUCGUAUAGAAAGGAGUUGGUUGAUGGCAGCAAACUGGAUUUAAUGCAAUACAUAUUCAGCUGAGGCAGCAGUAUGUUCACUUCUUAAGAGAGUCUAUUUAAGUGUUGUACAAACAGUGUCCAGGUGCUGUAACGAGUCUCUUUGUUAAAUUUUUCCUUUUACUUUUCACCUUGUUCCCUUUGGUAAGAAUAGGUUUUAGUAAUGGUCAUUUUAUACCUUACUUUUUCUUGGAAGCCAAUCAAUGGUAUGUCUUCAGUAGUUAUUGAGCUUGAGUUUGGAAAGUGUGAAUUGGCUCAACCGUAGGACAGAAUUUUGUAUUUGAGGUACUUCAUUAUUAAUCUUUUUUCAUAGACAGAUCAUAUUAUUUUCAUAGGUA